UCAAGACUUCAAUCAGACUGUGACAACUGCAAUAGAGAAAGGAGAACAAUAAAGCCUGUGUCAGGUCAUCCAGUAGAUCCUGAGUAUCCUCCAGACCUACUGACAGACGUAUCUGGAACACAGAAGAAGACAAAGAUACUCUUAUAAAUGCAGGACAAAGUCAGAAAUGCUCAAAAUACUGCCGCAGUGGAUCAUACCAGAGAGUCAGAGAUUCCCAGUUUCUCUCUGUCCUCAGCUGGGAUAGAGGCAUGGGUCAUCACACUCCUGCAGCAGAAGAAGAAAAGUAGCGCAGACACUAAUUAAUAGUAGUAGGAAAAUUGAACGGGAAAACUCUAGCCACCAUCCGUGGGAUUUUG